CUAGAAUUCAUUUUUUCCUAUGUUUAAAAAUUCUGCUUGAAAUCCCUCAAAAGAAGGGGAAAACAGAGAUACAAAACAAGCAAAAGAGAUGGAAGCUAAGAUAGAAAUAAUUUCAAGGGAGUUUAUCAAACCUUCAUCUCCAACUCCACAAGAUAGUAAAGAGCAGAAACUUUCAUUGCUGGAUCAAUGCACUCCACAAGUAUACAUGCGUCUCCUUUUCUUCUACCAAAAUCAGCCAAAAGUUUUAGAUCCAACCAAAACAGCCCUGAAUCUAAAGCAGUCUUUGUCAGAGUGUUUAACUAAAUUCUACCCUUUAGCUGGAAAGCUGAAUGAAGAUCGUAGUUCAAUUGAUUGUGAUGAUUCUGGAGUUUUGUUUGUGGAAGCUAAGGUUGAUGCUUCCCUUUCAGAACCAGUUCGGAGUUCUCCCUAUGAGCAUUUUGGACAGUACUUGCCAUUUGAUCACCAGGGAGCUUCUGGUAGUGAAACUAAACUGUUUGAUGCUUAUCCAAGAAAUGAAAUCUUACUAGCAAUCCAAGUGAGUUGGUUUGAAUGUGGAGGCAGCGCAAUCGGGGUGUCCAUGUCGCACGCAGUAGGCGAUCUCAUGUCCUUGGUGGCGUUCAUGAAUUCGUGGGCUGCCAUAAAUCGCGGUGAAAUCGCCAAAAUAUUAGUACCUAAUUUUGAUUUGGGUAGGAAUUUAUUUCCUCCGAGGGAUUCUCCAUACAAGUUUCCUUUAGCCGAAGUGGAAGGAAAGAUCGUGUGCAAGCGAUUUGUUUUCGGCAAGGAAAAGUUAACGGAGGUGAAAGAACUCGCUUCGUCAAUUGGGUUGAAGGAUCCAACCCGGGUUGAAGUAGUGACAGCUUUUUUGUUGAAGCAAUUUGUCAACCUGGAAAGAGCUAAGAAGAACUGCAGCCAUAAUUCUUGUUCUACAGCUAAAACAAGGUUCAUGGUCUGGCAUGCGGUAAAUUUGAGAAGCAGAAUCAGCAGCUUGGCAGCGGAGGAGGACAAUUUCACUUUUGGGAAUGUUUCAAACAUUGCAACUGCCUCGUUCAUUCCGGAUGAUGAUGAUUCCAGGGAUUAUGGAGAUUUGGUUUUGCUCACCAGGACUGCAAUCAGGAAUGUAAAUGAGAAUUAUGUCCUUAAUCUGUUAGUUCCUUUUCUGAAUAGCUUUGAUCCAAGUAGUCUUAGAGAACAAGAAGCCGCAACGAAAGCAGCAGCGGGAGCAGAGCAACAACCAACUGAGAAGAUGAAGUUAAUCCUGUUUUCCAGUUGGUGCUUAAAAGGCCGAUUCUCCGCUUCUGAAGCGGACUUUGGCUGGGGAAAGCCUGUUUCUGUUGGCCCUGCCGGCACCCGGAAUACAGCUACGACGAGGGUACUCUUAACUAGCUCAUCGAGCAGUGAUGACGGAAUCGCUGCCUGGAUUUACAUGGUAGAAGAUGAAUUGGCUCUGCUCCCAGACGAGCUUCUUUCACUCGCAGCCACUGAUUUUUUUCCUCUGGAUGAACUGAAUUCAUGAUGGAUCAUCAUCUAUUUAGUGAAACUGGUUCCCAAUCUUCGGCAUUUUCCCCGCUAAUUAGCAAAUGAUUUGAUUCAAUUUCAGAAUUCUCUAUGUCACCCAUGAUUUUACCAAUUUUUAUCAGGUUUCAUGUUUGUAUUUUUCCUUCCCUAAAUUUCCAGGCUCAGUCUUUUGUAUUCCAGAGUCAAUUACCCAGG